CAACAUUUUUGUAAUAAUACUGAUGAUCUUAAACAGAUACUGUAAAAACACUACAAGUAGAAAAAUAAGAUGUAUUCGAUAAAAAUCAGUUUAUAUCAGUGAUUACAUGCUGGAGCGAAGGCAUACUGUUUUUUCAUAUAAAAAUUCUUUUUAAAACGGAUAUAAUUUCUAGAAAUCGAUCUCUACUUUUAAGACAAGUGAACUUUGUCAUGAAUUCAGCAAAUGAAAAUUUAUGAUUGGAAAUGAUGGCUCCAGGAAAUAGAAAUUGACAAGUGUAAAAGAUGUUGGUUCCUGCGUAGAGUUGAUAAGGAUAUAAUGAUCUGAAGGACGUUGUUGUGUUCGAUUUCUUUGCAUCAACUAGAAAAAGGGUGUCGGGUUAAUGUUUACCUGGACUCAACUAAAAUGUUUCGGUUGAGAUCAAAAUCUUUUGUUGAAAGAAAAAGAAAAAGCAGCACCAAUUCUGCAAACUCACUUGUACUCAGACUAUCAUAUUGUCAUAACCUAAAAGAUUUUAGACCUCGAUGUGCAAGCUCCCCAGCCUCUGACCUUACCGGAAGACGUGAUGUUUUUAGCAGACGACAAUACGGUUCCGUAGAACAAUUGAACGCUGUAGAAGGUGAUGGUACACAAACUGCUGGAAGAUUUCGAGUAGAAACAGGAGAUCUAGAUGGCGAUGACCUUUCAAGUACAGUCAACAGCCCAGUUCAUUUAGAGAAUCCAGAAUUCCAAACACGAUGGUACUUCAAAUACUUUCUAGGAAAACUUCACCAGAACUAUGUAGGCACAGAUAUUGAUCGAGAGCCAUUCCUGCUGUCCGUGGUCGUCACAGAUGCAAAUAACCAUAAUGUUCAACAGUACAGGACUAUCUUGUGGUGCAAGACUGGAGCCAAGAAGAUAGCAUUGCCUUAUAAUCAAAGUAAACCACAGACCGUUAAAGGCAUCUUAAGUCAUUUCAAUAUUAAUAAAACAGAAAAAGGACCAAAAGAGAUAUUUGACUCGGAAAUACAGAAAGAAUUACUUGUUUUGGAAGAACAAGAGGGAUCAGUUAAUUUUAAAUUUGGAGUUAUUUAUGCGGAAGAGGCUCAGGUGUGUGAUGAUGAAUUCUAUAGCAAUGAAGAGACAACAGAGAGUUUCAACAGCUUUCUUCACUUACUGGGUUCUUCUGUUUCCUUAAAGGGAUGGGACAAAUUCAAAGGUGGCUUGGACGUAAAAUCAAAUGCUACUGGAACUGAGUCAGUUUAUACAGUGUAUGAGGGGCAUGAGAUAAUGUUCCAUGUGUCAACACUACUGCCUAUCUCUAAAGAAAACAUGCAGCAGGUUGAGCGGAAAAGACAUAUAGGCAACGACAUUGUAAAUAUUGUGUUUUAUGAAUGUGAUAAAGUGGACAGUACAACCUUUAAGCCAUCUAUGAUGAAAACAAGGUUUACUCAUAUAUUUGCAGUUGUUGUAUAUUGUAAACAGGAUAACAGUUACAGGCUCGUGGUAUUUUCAGAAGAAUCUGUUCCGUUAUUUGGGCCACCUCUGCCGUCACCACCAACAUUUUACGACCAUCGAGAGUUUAGGGAUUUUUUACUGGUGAAAUUAAUAAAUGGUGAAAAGGCUGCAAUAAAUAACCCUUUAUUUGCACAAAAGAGAGAACGAACAUUGGAAAUGUUAAUUAAAAAUCUAUACCAAGUGUACAUGUCAGAAAUCAACAAGAAUAAUAUGUUGUACCGACGAGCAUUUAGUGAUGUUAUUCAAGAUGUCCAAAGUUCGCGGAAAGAAGAAGCAAGACGGGCAGAAUUUGUCCGAGUCGGGCAGACUUUGAAGUUGAAAACUAUUUUGAAAGGAGAUGCUCCAACCAGCACAGUAACAACAGGAAUACUUAAAAGAGAGCCUUGGGAACCACAAGAGUGUUUUAUGGAUUUUCCAAAUCAAAUACAUUGUGGUGAUUCUUGGGGUGACAAGCUUGUUUUGUCAACAGACGCAGGAAUGCUUCUUUUGGAAGAAGGUGCGCCGUCUAGAAUGUUGUUUGAUAAGACAAUUCCAGUGAGGCAACUUGAUGUAAUAGAGGACUAUGGUAUUUUAAUAUGUAGGAUGGAUAAAGGAAAGGAUGGGAAAAUAGCUAUUUUCAGACUUGUUGACUUUGAAGGAGAGAGCAAUGAAGAAGUAAUACGAGGACGGACAGAGUUUAAAGAUCACACACUUGAAAAGACAAAAGGCUGCCAUUUGUAUGCUCUAAGUCGACCAGAAUCCAGAUACCUUAGGAUGAUAGUUGCUAUACAAAGACGUCUUUUGCUGUUCACAUGGAAACAUUCUUCCGCAUGGACAUCAUGGUGUCCAACUGUCGAUAUUGAGCCUGCCAAUGAAUUUACAUUAGUUAGGGAACUGCAGUCUUUUGAAGUGCCUCAACUUAUAACGUUGAUUGACGGUAGUAAAGAUGAUAACCAAAUAUGUGUAGGGUACAAAAAUCAGUUUGACCUAAUAAACGAGAAAAAUGGGGACACAUUACAAAUGUACAGCAUUGAUGCCAACAAGGUCAACCUAGUGUCAUCUUUGGAUAUCUAUGAAGAUGAAGAAGUGGAAUUACUAUUAAGUUAUAAUUAUGAAAGUCAUUUUCAAAAGCUGUCGGAAGACAUUACCUUUGACUUUGAUUUCCAUUGGAAUUCUGAGCCGAAAUCAAUUGUUUGUGCCUUUCCAUAUAUUCUUGCAUUUACCCAAGACACGAUUGAGAUACGACUGAUUAUAAAUGGUAACUUGGUGCAUACGAUGACCAUGCCAGAUCUAUGUCUCAUUACAUCGAAGGACGACAUAUUCUUUUCAACCUCAGCAGGACCAAAUUCACCAAUAGACAAAAGCAAGGAAAAAGAUUUUUCUUACACACCACCAUCAUCACCAUCAUACAAAAUGACACGCCCACCAUGUUACAUCUACAAAAUCCCCUUAUCGUGCCUUACUGGAUACAUAGCGUCAGAUCGAUGUCCUGUGAGAAAACAAUCAGUUACCCCAUUGCUGGCCCCUGUUGGUGGUGGCGCUGAUAAAUGUGUUUUACCCAAACGGAGCCCAUUGGUACGAAGUAAGGCAGUACACCUACAGUUAUCAGAUGACCAGGCUAAAGAUAGACAUGAUUCGUCGGGUUCGGAUUCCGGAAUAACAAUACUGAAACCAUCGGAAAUAAGUCCACCAGAAAGUCCUUACCAAAAUUACAUUGGACAUGUCGUUUUUUCAGACGUUGAAUCAGAUAUUGUGUGACAAAAGCCAAAGGAUAUAAUACAGAUUACGAUAGAACUGUCAAAAGACAACUAAUUCCUUGUGCCUAAAUGAGACCAGAGUUAACAAGCUUAUUUGAUCUAGAUGAUGAAUCAAUAAAUGUA